ACGGCGCAGGUGUACCAGUCAGCGAGGCAGGCGGCCAGCAGUCUACGACAGUGGAUGAAGCCCGAACAGGUGUCCACCAACUUUGUCAACAUACCAGCGCGCAGUGAGAUCAUCCCGGAGCCUUUUGGAGCCGUCCUCAUCUUCGCUGCCUGGAACAUGCCCUUCUUGCUCUCAUUAGACCCGCUCAUCGGAGCCAUAGCAGCAGGCAACGUGGCAGUGCUCAAGCCCUCUGAGCUUGCGCCAGCGUCGUCCGCCUUGCUGGCGGAGCUGCUGCCGCGCUACGUGGACAAGGAGGCCGUCCACGUGGUGCAGGGCGGUGCUAACGUGGCAACCGCCCUGCUGGAGUGUCGAUGGGAUAAGAUAUUCUUCACGGGAGGAGCGUCCAUAGGGCGGAGGGUGCUGGCAGCAGCAGCGCAGCAUCUCACGCCAGUGGCGCUAGAGCUGGGGGGCAAGAACCCCGCUUACAUCGACAGCUCUGCGGAUUUCAAUAUCUGUGUGAAGCGGAUAGCGUUCGGCAUGUGUGUGAAUGCGGGGCAGAGCUGCCUGUCGCCCGAUUACGUGCUGGUGGAGGAGGCAGUUGCCGACCAAUUCACCGACCACCUGCGUCGCACCCUGACCUCCUUCUACGGCUCGGAUCCGAAGCAGAGUCCGGACCUGGCGCGCAUUGCCACGCCUGGCAGCUGGGCACGGCUGCACGGCUUGCUCUCCGACCCAGUUACCAAGGAGCACAUAGUCGCUGGAGGGGAGACGGAUGAGGCUACCCGCUACGUGGCGCCCACCAUCAUACGAGAUGUGCCUCUGGACGCACCAGUGAUGCAGGAGGAGGGAUUUGGGCCUGUCAUUGCCGUGAUUAAGGUGCGAGGUGUGGACGAGGCGAUCGACAUCAUCGCCAGCCGGCCCAAGCCACUGGCGCUGUACCUGUUCACAACGCACAGCACCGUCAUCGACCGCUUUGUCAAGGAGACCUCCUCGGGAGCUGUCUGCGUCAACGACACCACCUCUCAUGUGAGUGUUUUUCCCUUGUGA